UUUCUGUUUUGGUUUUUAUUUUCGCAAAACAUUCUCAAUUGAAACAAGACCACAAGGAUUCCAGAAUGAAUAAAGACAACUCCAGCAUGAAUAUGGAUCCCCAGCUGGCAUUGCGCUUGCUGGCGGAUGGCGCCGUCUUGGUCGUAGCCGGCGUACCAGUGGGCACUGAGUUUGGCAUUGAUUUGUGCGCCUACACGAUUGGACCGGAAUUCAGAGGCGUUAAGAUGAUACCGCCUGGCGUGCACUAUGUGUGGUGUGCCUCCCAGGGACUCUAUGGAGAUGCGGCGCCGCGUGUCGGAUUCGUGCACUACUUCCAUCCCAACGAGAUUCUUGUACGCGAGUGGGACAACGACUUGGAGGAGCUGCGACCGCGACAGAUUGCCGAGCCCGAGGUGGAGCGGGAUCGUAUACGAAAGAACUUGGCUCAGCUGGAGAAGAUGCUGGCUGCCUACGACUACCGAUAUGUCUGCCCGUGGAAGGAUCUCACGGGCAGCGUGACAGAGCCAUGCGUGGAUCGUUGCCGCCCAACCUUGGGCACCAUACGCACCAACGUUGAGCUGCAGUCCUGCCCAGAUGCCGACAGACCACGAGGCGAACCGGGAGCCGCAUCCAGUAGCGGCAGCAAGCGCAAUGCCGCCAUCAGGCUGCUCCUGGACGAAAGCGAACUCCUGCCCAACCUCAAGCCCGUUGAGGGAACAGCGCCGCGCUUCAGAGCGAUUCCCCUGCGCGUUCCCCACGAUGCCUUGCCAGCGGAUGUGUCACGACACGCCAUGGACUGCAUUGCAGCUGUGGAUGACCUUAUCGACAGCUUCGGUUCUUCCGAUGCCUUGAUUGAGGAGCUGCAGCUCGCCUACGUGUUCUUUCUGGUCGGCUACUCGGUGGAGUCGCUGGCCCACUGGCGCAAGCUGCUCGGCCUGCUGGCCCAUUCGGAGGCGGCGGUGUCGAAGCACAGACUAACCUACAUGAAGUACAGCGAGGUGCUGGCCCACCAGCUGCCCUACCUUCCGGAGGAACUGAUGGUUCCCAGCCCCCACAACAGCGUCUUCAAGGAUGUGCGAGAGCUGCUGGUGAACCUGCAUGAGGGCGGUCUGAGCGUCAGUGCCGAGCGUCUGAGGAAGCGUCUUGAGAAAAAGCUGGGCUGGUACUUUGAAGGACUGCUCGACGAGGACCCCGAGGACCAACCAGUCAUCAUAGAACUCCCCGAAGCCCAGGAAGCUCCCAUUUGCAUCGCAGCGAGUGCUGGGUACGCAGAUAAUUCCACAGAUCCCGGGCCGUACGGAUGCUGACCAUAAACUGGCACAGCUUCGUCUCGAUCAGGCAGAGUAUGAUGAACUUGGCACGCUUGUCCUUGAGCAGUGACUGCAACAGAGAUACAGCUGGCGAGGAA